GUGCUCGUAACUGUGACACCGGUCGACGUGAAGUACCAUUUGAUACAAAAUACGUAUCGAAGUCAGUCCUCGGUUGUCCUUCUGUGUUUGUCCUUUUAUACUACUUUAAGGAUACGUAUACUUAUUCAACUUUAUAUUAAAUAGGUCCCAUAACACAGUAUACAUCAUGGCUCACCUGAAAAUGCCAUAUGAUAAUGAAUCUGCUAUGGAGGUAAUGAGGAAAUUCACCGGAAUGGCUUAUUCCCUUGUGAAUAAGAAUGUCUUCAGUGAAGCUGUCAAAAUCCUUUAUGGUCCAGAAUUUCUUAUCACUGUGGACCUUUCGAAGCGGAUGCAGUUUGCUUGUCAGAUUUGUAACAGAGAAAUGAACAGUGAAAAGGCCAUGAAGGAACAUGGUAACUCUGGGGGACAUCAGAAAAAUCUAGAUAAGAAAAACAGAGCAACCGGAGUGUCAUCCUUCAGUGCCAGAGCCUGUAAUUAUGCCACUGAUUCUAUUCAGUUCAGACUUUUGAACAGCAGUGUACCUCCCUUAGGACUACAGAUGGUGGAGGAGUACAUCAAUAGAAGGGGAAACCAGUAUUACAAAUGUAUGCUUUGUGCAGCUCAUGGAAAAUUGGAUAUGAUGUAUCAACAUCUUAUAGGAAAGAAACAUACAGAGAAAUAUAUUAAAAAUUGCUGCGUCUUGGAAAAUUCUAUCCUUAAUCCAAAUGAGAGGGAGGCAUUGAGAAAGAAACUUGUGCAGGAUGAAGGAGUUAAUGUUGAUGCUAUUAAGACCAUAAAAGGUGACCAGUUUUACCCAUUCAAAUGGGAAAGAGAAGGUGUUACUUCAAGAUUAUUUAACCACAAAUUCAAGAGGGGUAUGUAUGGAUCAGAAAACUUUAAUAUUAAAAUGGAAGAGGGCAUAAGAGAUUCUGACAAAAUCAAGAGAGAGCAACGUUCUUCAUCAGGCUCUCCAGCACCUGGGCCAUCCCGAGGUAGAUCUAGAAGUAUCUCGCCAAGAAGGGGAUAUUUUGGGAAAUCUCCAUCUCAUAGUGGAGAUCACAGCCGUUCUCCAUUUUGUAGACGCCAAAGUGCUUCUCCUUCUCCUGUGCAAGAGCGUAGAAGGAAUUGGUCUAGCAGCAGUAGUGCAUCAGAAAGUAGAUUUCCAUCUCCAAAGAGAGGAAUAAAUGAAAAUUCUAUUUUUAGUAUUAAAAGAGAACCUUCAUUACCAGAUCCUCCAAGGGGCAUAGAUUCUGAAGAUCUUUCAUCUUACAGAAAUAGAUCUCCACCUCCAGUGCAGAUAAAGGCAGAACCUGUUUCGCCUCCACCAGUGCAGAUAAAGGCUGAACCUGUAUCACCUCCAGUGCGGAUAAAGAGCGAACCACUUUCCCCUCCAACUUCUCCAGGUUACAUGCAUUCUGUUCAAUUGCCAGUUGCAGUUGAAAAGCAAAAGUCAGAUGCAGCUGUGCAAACGAGCUUAAAUUUGGAGCUGGAAAUGGGUCAUUUGAAUGACUAUAUCAUGAAUUGUAGCGGUGAGCCUUUGAGAACCCCAUUAGAAGCAAAAGCGGCAAUAGACCUCAUGAAUACUUACGCCAUUGCUAUACGCGGUGUCAUCCUCAAACUUAUGGAAGACGGUGCAUUUAGGAAUCCAGAAAAGAUGAGGAUGCUGGAGAAACAAAAAGUGAAUAUUGAUACCAUGAUUUUACGUUCCACUGGAAGGUUCCUCAGGUAGUUUUUUAGUUAAGCAUUAAUUAUGGAAAAGUAAAUGAUAAAAUAUUUGUAUGAUGACAGUGUUUCAACACUCUGGUAAGUGUCUAUUUCAUUAUGAAGAAUAAUAACUAUGCUGUUCAUUUUUUAAAGGUUACAAUUAUUAAGGGUAAGUCCAGAUCUUGAGUUAAAUUUUGCUUAAGUUUUUAAGGAAAAAUUUUAUUAUGGCAUGUUAAGGAAAAAUUUUAUUAUGGCAUGUUAAGGAAACAAUUUUUUAUGGCAUGUUAAGGAAAUUUUUUUUUUUCAUGGUGGAACCUUGAUAGGUUUUUAUUUUCUCCAUAUGUUUACUUAAAUCUGACAUUACUAGAUAUGUCAGCUCUAGGUUGGAUGGUAGUACAUCAUCAUAAAUGUUUUAAUGACAGCUAUCCCCUAAUUAGGUUAUAAAUAAAAGGAUUUCUAGUCACUCAGGUUCUGUCUUCCUCCCUUUAUGCCUGAGGUGAAGGGAGUCUUCUGUAUAUUGGAGUCUAUUAAACUGUGUAAGUCA